AUGUAUCAUGCUCUUAAAAAUUAUCCAUUGAAUGAUAAGACCGGCUUUAUCAUUGGCUCACAGACUCCUUGGGUUGAAGUCUUUGCUUUACUGAACGGCGCCAAAGAGAUAACUACUCUGGAAUACCAACGAAUCAAAAUCAAUGGUACAGACAAAGUACGCUACAUGCAUCCCAUUGAUUUCGCGAAAAACUGGGAAACGUAUAAGGAUGGUUUUGAUUUUGCCAUCUCAUUCUCUUCAAUUGAACACAGUGGACUGGGACGGUAUGGUGACCCUAUAGACCCCAUUGGAGAUUUACGUGAAGUAUGGAAGACUUUGUGUGUCUUAAAGAAAGGAGGUUGGUAUAACUGCUGA